AUGGGUCAGAUUACUUUGAAAAAGCUAGAAUUUUAUUCUAGCUUAAUCAUUCCAAACAUACCGAUCAUCACAUACCCUGGAGCGAUAGAUUGUUUAAGGAACCUUUCGGAAUUUGGCUGUAGUUCGAAUAUCGAUUCAGAAAUUUUCUAUCAGAUGUCACAAAUCUGCCAUAAUUUAGAAUCACUAAACCUAACAUUUGAAAAAGUGAUCUCAAAUGGGUUAACAGACCUGAUUUCUGUUCAAAAAAAUUUAACAUACUUGUACGUAUUGUUUGAAAAUUAUGAUUCGUGGAGAGUACCUCCUCCAUUAAAAAGCCUUAAUGAUACUUUAAUCAAAUUACGCAUGGAUGGAAGUAUUUAUAUCCCAUUGUCAUUUAUUUCUAAACUCUCAAAUUUACGAGAAAUUUUCUUAUCAAGUCGUAUCGAAACUUUUGUAGAAUUGGAAUACAUUACCCUUCCAAAUUUGAAAAGCUUAAAAUUUGGUUAUGAAGUUUUACCUAAUGAAACUUUAUUUAAAUUCAUGGAGAAUUGUGGGAAAAAUUUGUGGGAACUUGAUCUUAAUAAUACCAAUGACAAUUCAUUAAAUUUGGCUAUAGCCAAAUUUUGUCCAAAUCUGAAAUCAUUACAUACUCUCAUUAAGGAUGAUGAAGCAGAAACAUUGAGAUUAAUUUUAGACAGUUGUGAACAAUUGGAAAGCAUUUACCUUUGA